CGCGAGGCACCGUCGUGGCGCCCGAACCGAGGAAGAAGAUGCAAGUUGGCCCCAUUCGUAUCCCAACUGUUAGCAAUGACCCUGACUGGGACUUCUGCUUCCAUCUGUCACAGCAAACCAAAAUCCCAGCACACCAGCAAACAGAUGAGUUGUAUCCUGCUGGUGGUUCUGGAGAGAGUGAAGAAGAAACUAAAACCAAGGAAGAGGAGAAGGCCGUAGAUUAUAUGUCUCAUCCUAAAGAGAAGUUAGCUCAAUCCCAGAAGAAAGUAGCUCAGCUGGUUAAGGAAAAAAUGAAUAUCCAAGCAAACAAGGAGCUGAUUCGUUGUGUCAUCCUUUCUCGGAUUAUUUUUGGGGAACAUCACUGGAAAUGUGCACAGGCUUUGGCCAGCUUAGCUUAUGGCUACCUGACACUGAGAGGCCUCCCAGUUCAAGCCAAGAGACAUGCUGAGUCCGCCAGGAACACUCUGUUGACCUGGAAGGCAAACACGACCUCAGACAUGGAGAAAAGGGAAAUCCUGGAAGCGCUGAUCAUGCUUUAUUACACUCUGGGAGUAGCCUGGCUCCUACAGAACCAUGGCAGAGAAGCCUAUUUCAACCUGCAGAAGGCAGAGAGAAAUAUGAAGGAGCUGAAAGAAUCAUAUAAUGGAGAUGAUUGUGCAUUACAAAUCUCAGAGAAAGACCUAACAAUUGCAUUGGGCAGAGCCUCCUUGGCCAUCCAAAGGUUGAACCUAGCUCUGGCAUACUUUGAAAAGGCAAUUGGCAAUGUUACUGCUGCCAAGGGUGAUAAGACAUCAGAUCUGAUCAGUCUAUAUGAGGAAAUCGCUCAGAUUGAGCAGCUGAGGAGGAACCACAACCAGGCCAUCCAGUACUUGCAGCAGAUGCUGUUGAGAUGUAUUUCAUAAAAAGUAUCAGUGCAUAUCAAGCGACAUUGGGCUCAGAGGAUUUUGAAACACUGAGCACUGUUGAAGAAUUUUGCAAAUGGCUCGUCCAAAAUGGGGAAAAACAGG